UUGAAAAGUUCAUCAAGUAAGAAUUAUUCGUAGUUAAAAAAAUCAUCACUAGUAUACAGUCUAAUACUUAAAUCACUAUAUUAUUUUUUAAUUAAAUUACUUUUUUAAAAAUUGAAAAAAAUUCAUUGUAUUACAAUUCGUGGUUGAAAAAUUCUCACAUACAAAACAGGAAAGUGAUGGGUCAUUGAAUGUAGGAUAUUUUAAUAAUUUAAAAAAAAUUGAUGGUGUGUUAAUGCGUGAAAAAAAAAUAAAAUAAAAACAACUGGCCACUUUCUGUGCAAAAAUGUCUAAAGAUAAUACAAAGAAAAAAGUUUGCGUGGUUGGAGCAGGAAUUGCUGGCUUGUGCUCGGCUCGAUUUUUAGCCGCCUAUCCGGAGACGUUUGAUUUUGUGGUUUUUGAGAAAAACAAAGACAUCGGAGGCACUUGGAUUUACAGUGAAAACAUUGGUCACGAUGAACAUGGCUUGCCAAUACACUCAAGCAUGUAUAAAAAUUUGAGAGAAGAGCCGGUGCAUAUAGUGUAUAUAAAGUUCAACAUUUUGGUCGAAAACAUUCGUCCAAUGCGAAAGUCCAACAACGAAAACACUGAAACGUGGAAUGUUAAAGUAAAGAAUUUAGAAAAUAAAUCAACUGAAGAGCUACAGUUUGAUGCAGUGAUGAUUUGUAUCGGGCAUCACUCUGUCCCUCAUGUGCCGAAAAUAAUCGGUUCAGAAACGUUUCCAGGAAAAAUGUUACACAGCCACUCUUACAGAAGACCCGAGGAAUUUCGUGACGAAAAAGUACUGUUGCUGGGAGCUAACUACUCCGGAAUCGAUAUUGCCCUGGAAUUAACGAAAUACGCCUCCCAAGUUUACUUGAGCCACGAAAAAGACAAAUUAAAAUACCAGCUCCCUGAAAAUAUAAUCCAAGUGCCGGGAGUAGCCAAAAUCAACGGAAAUAGUGUUUACCUCAAGGAUAAGGAUUCAACUGUUCUCACAGUGGACAACUUCAUCUACUGUACGGGAUAUCUUUACAGUUUUCCCUUUUUAGACAACGAAUGUGGUAUUGAACUUGAUGACAACUACAUCACGCCUCUCUACAGACACAUGAUAAACAUAGACCAUCCAACAAUGUGUUUUAUCAAUCUGCCCAACGACGUCAUACCUUUUAUAACUUCGCAUAUGCAGGUGCAGCUCUUCGUAUCAGUUCUAAAAGGGACGCUAAAGUUGCCAUCGCGAGAGGUGAUGAUGGAAGAUAUUAAAUUGCAGGAGAAUCAGAGGAAAAAGGAUUAUCACAAUUUGGGCGACGUGCACUGGCUGUAUUUAAAGUGUCUCAUUGAACAAGCAAAGCUUGAGCCUUUACCCGGAUUUUAUGAAAAUGGACUUAAAAAAUGGUUCAAUGCAUUUUAUAAGUAUCCAAGUGAUGUUAAAAAUCUUAAAUUCGUUAUAUCGGAAGACCGGGAGUCAGCGAGAUUAUUGAAUCAAUUUGGAGAAGAAGUUUUGGUACCAGAAACGUCUAAUGCAUCAUCUUGAUGAUAAUACAAUAGUUGUAGUUAUUACAAAAAUCGGCGAAAAAUAUUUAUUUCACGAUUUCCCUAAGAGAUUUAAA